CUGCGUUUCUUCUAUUUUUUUAACGCCCCCCGUCAAAAUCUAUCGUCCCCGCUCCUGUCUUCCCUUGUUUCGCUUUGUUUGAAGGGGAGAAUAGAAAAAGGCGAGCCAUUUACCCCGGAUCCCGAACCCUAACCCUAGGAAUCAUAACCCAGAAGCCCUAAUCCAACGCCGGGAAUGGGGAAGGAGGAGGAGAUCGUGGAGCCGCUGCUGCCGGCGCCGGAGAACGGGGUUUCCGAGGAGGAUAAGAAGAUCCCACCGUGGAGGGAUCAGGUCACGAUUAGGGGUCUGGUGGUGAGCGGGCUUCUGGGGACGCUGUUUUGUAUUAUAACGCAUAAGCUUAAUCUCACGGUGGGGGUGAUUCCAUCCCUUAAUGUGGCUGCUGGGCUUCUGGGGUUUUUCUUCAUUAAGAGUUGGACGGGUUUUCUCAAGGGGAUGGGGCUGUGGACGAAGCCAUUUACCCCGCAGGAGAAUACUGUGAUCCAGACCUGCGUCGUUGCUUGCUAUGGCUUGGCAUUCAGUGGGGGCUUUGGAUCCUACAUGCUAUCAAUGGAUCGGAAAACAUAUGAACUUAUUGGAGUUGAUUAUCCUGGUAACAGGGCAGAGGAUAUUAAAAAUCCUUCCUUGGGAUGGAUGAUUGGUUUCAUGUUUGUUGUGAGUUUUCUUGGGCUGUUUAGCCUCGUUGCACUACGUAAGGUCAUGGUACUUGAUUACAAGCUGACAUAUCCUAGUGGGACAGCCACAGCUAUGCUUAUAAAUAGCUUUCAUACUAAUACGGGAGCUGAGCUUGCAGGGAAGCAAGUUCGUUGCCUGGGAAAAUAUCUUAGCAUAAGCUUCUGUUGGAGCUGCUUUAAGUGGUUCUUCAGUGGUGUAGGAGAUUCCUGUGGCUUUGAUAAUUUUCCCACACUGGGCCUUGCAGCAUUUAAGAAUACGUUCUACUUUGAUUUCAGUCCAACUUAUGUUGGAUGUGGUCUUAUCUGUCCACACAUUGUCAAUUGCUCGGUUCUUCUUGGAGCCAUCGUAUCAUGGGGUUUUCUCUGGCCAUUCAUUGCAAAGCGUGCUGGGGAUUGGUACCCAGAUAACCUUGAAAGCAAUGACUUUAAAGGUCUCUAUGGAUACAAGGUUUUUGUGGCGAUCUCUCUUAUUCUCGGAGAUGGUCUUUACAACUUGAUUAAAAUCAUAGUUCUAACUGUCAAGGAAAUCUUGAAUGCACGCUCGAAAAGGAGUAGCCUUCCUGUUAUCACAACUCAUCAAGACAAUAAGAGCUCCAAGCUGUUAACUGAGGAACGGCUGCGGAAUGAAACAUUCGUUAAAGACAGCAUACCUUCAUGGUUUGCAGCCUCUGGUUAUGUUGGCCUGGCUGCAAUAUCCAUUGCAACAAUACCUAUCAUCUUCCCACCGGUGAAAUGGUACCUUGUCCUUGUGUGCUACAUCCUUGCUCCCGCCCUCGCCUUCUGCAAUUCCUAUGGCACUGGCCUCACUGACUGGAACCUUUGCUCAACCUACGGAAAGAUUGGUCUCUUCAUCUUUGCCUCGAUUAUCGGCAAGGAUGGUGGUGUCAUUGCUGGACUCGCAGCUUGUGGGGUCAUGAUGUCCAUUGUGUCCACUGCUUCUGAUCUCAUGCAGGAUUUCAAGACAGGCUAUCUCACCCUCUCAUCACCACGGUCCAUGUUUGUGUCCCAGUUGAUUGGGACAGCAUUGGGCUGUAUCAUUGCGCCUCUUACUUUCUGGCUGUUUUGGACAGCAUUUGAUAUUGGAUCCCCAGAUGGUGUGUAUAAGGCUCCAUAUGCUGUUAUAUUUCGGGAGAUGGCUAUCUUAGGUGUCGAAGGCUUCUCAACACUCCCAAGGCACUGUCUAGAGAUCUGCUGUGUGUUCUUCGUGGUGGCGCUGGUCAUCAAUCUUUUAAGGGACAUAACUCCGAAGAAUGUAUCAAAAUAUAUCCCGAUACCAAUGGCAAUGGCAGUGCCAUUCUACAUAGGGGCAUACUUUGCAAUUGAUAUGUUUGUUGGAACCGUCAUUUUGUAUAUCUGGGAGCUAGUGAACCGGGAGGAUGCCGAGGACUAUGCUGGAGCAGUGGCAUCUGGCUUGAUCUGUGGUGAUGGAAUCUGGACUGUCCCUUCAGCAAUCCUUUCAAUCUUUAGGAUUGAUCCUCCAAUAUGUAUGUAUUUUGCGCCAUCUCUCGCCGGCUGAAAUAUGUCAACCAUUAGGCCUGGUUGAUUAUUAUUUUAAGAUUUACUACUCUCUGGAAACAUGUAAAAUAGCACGUUGUAAGUAUGUCAACCAGUAGCCCUGGUUGUUGAUUAUUUUAAGAUUUACUGCUAUCUGUAAAUUUGUAAAAUAGCACAUUAUAUUAUGUCUAAUGAGUAAUGUCAGCAUUACUAUAU